UAAACAUUGGCUUGUGCCUAUGACAACAAGAACGACCAAGUCGGUCUCCCUGCACAUUUUCUCAUUCACUAUCCUUCAACUGCCAUCUGUGUCGGAAGCCCAUCCUCUGGUUUAUACUACCACGUCUUUGCCCUCGAAUGCUUCAUUUCUUUACUCUACUCCGUGCUAGCAUCACCACAGAAGCGGUCGACUGCAGCUGUGGUAGACGGUCAAUCGCUUCCAGCAGUACGGCAGAUCAACACCCACAAUUCUUGAUGAAAUCUGCGGACCAAGUAUUCCGUUGAAGAUCCUGUACUGGUCACCGCAUGAGCAUCUAGAGUAUUGGAAACGUCCGACAAGGGCCCCCGAGCCCAAAUAAUUCAGCAAUGAGCCAACUGCUAACCUCUCGUCAAGCGGAGGAACUACACAAGUCGAUGGUCGCGUAUUUGCUCUCGAUUGGCAUGACUGAAAGUGCAAAUACCUUGCGACGUGAAGCGAAUUUGGCCGACACCUUUGACGACGUGACCGCAAAAAAGUACGAAACCCUGCUGGAAAAGAAGUGGACUUCGGUUGUCCGCCUACAGAAGAAGAUCAUGGAUCUCGAAGCCAAGAAUGUCGCUCUUCAACAAGAGAUUGAGACUGCUACACCGCUCUCCUCCAACAGAAAAAUCGACCCCCAGACGUGGUUGCCCAGAGCCCCCGCCCGACACACCCUACAAGGUCACCGGGAUCCUGUUACCGCCGUCGCAUUCCAUCCAAUCUUCUCCUCACUCGCUUCUGCUUCGGAUGACUCCACGAUCAAGAUCUGGGACUGGGAGCUAGGGGAGCUCGAAAGGACACUAAAAGGUCAUACGAAGGCAGUGCUGGAUGUCGACUUUGGUGGUCCAAGAGGAGGCACUCUUCUGGCCAGUUGUAGCAGCGACCUCACUAUUCGGCUGUGGGAUCCCAGCGACGAAUACAAGAAUAUCCGGACGCUACCAGGUCACGACCAUUCUAUCUCUUCUAUUCGCUUUAUUCCUUCGGGUGCUGCUGGCGCCCCCCUAUCUGGGAACACCUUGGUAUCUGCAUCAAGAGACAAAACACUUCGGAUCUGGGAUGUCACAACUGGAUAUUGCCUCAAAACAUUAAAGGGGCACACAGAUUGGGUUCGGGCAGUGGUCCCUUCGAUCGAUGGUAGAUGGCUGCUAAGUGCUGGGAACGACCAAAUACCACGGCUCUGGGAUGCAAGCUCGGGCGAAGUCAAAAUCACCUUCUUAGGCCACGAACACGUGGUGGAGUGUGUUGCCUUUGCUCCGAGCUCGUCCUACGCCCAUCUCUCCAGCAUUGCAGGUUACAAGAAACCGCCUCCGGCUAGCAGUAGCGGAGAGUUUCUCGCAACGGGAGGAAGAGACAAAAUCAUCAAAAUCUGGGACAAUCGAGGAACAUGCCACAAGACAUUGGUGGGGCAUGAUAAUUGGGUACGGGGACUGGUCUUCCACCCUGCUGGCCGGUAUUUGAUUUCAAUAUCUGACGACAAAACCAUCCGAUGCUGGGAUCUAUCUCAAGAGUGUAAAUGUGUCAAGGUUCUGGAUGAUGCCCACCAGCACUUUAUCACCAGUAUCCGGUGGGCACCCGAUAUUCCAACCCAACCAAGCGUGAACGGGGAGACGAAUGGCGCAGGCACUUCUGUCAAGAAGGAGGACAGCGGCGGAGGGGGCAAGAUUCGCUGUGUCAUCGCCACGGGCUGCGUCGAUUGGAAUGUCCGAGUCUUUGCUGGGUGAACAAGAGCGUCGGGAUGAAGAGAGGGAGUUUUCGAAUUGCUUGGGAACCGUCUGGCAGGAACGCCUCGUGGGAGCAUUGGAUGGUAGAACAAAAUGAUGAAUAGGACGAGUGUACGAGUACGAGUCACGAAAUAUAUGAAACACAGCCGCUUCACGUCCAAGAUCGCAGGGAAGUGCGUUUCACCUCCAAUGAGACAACUCCACCACUUGUCCACAUUCCUGCUUGUGGACGCAGACUGUUCUCAUGUUCGA